UCUCAGAGAGCUUGGGGGCUAUAAAAACAGGAGACGCUGGGCAGCUGGGAGACAGUGACGGACAAAAGCUGAGAGAGAGAGAAACCAGAGACAACAAACAUCAGAUCGUGCCCCGACCCACGCCAGCAUGGGCUCCUUCUCCAUCACCAUGGGCUUCUUCCUCGUCCUAGCCUUUUGGCUUCCAGGCCAUAUUGGAGCAAAUCCUGUGUACGGUGCGGUGUCUAACACAGAUCUGAUGGAUUUCAAGAACCUGCUAGACCACCUGGAGGAGAAGAUGCCGGUAGAAGAUGAGGUCAUGCCCCCACAGGCCCUGAGUGAGCAGACUGAGGAAGCAGGGGCCGCACUUAGCUCCCUCCCUGAGGUGCCUCCCUGGACUGGGGAGGUCAACCCACCUCUGAGAGACGGCAGUGCUCUAGGGCGCAGCCCCUGGGACCCCUCCGAUAGAUCUGCCCUCUUGAAAAGCAAACUGAGGGCUCUGCUCGCUGGUCCUCGGAGCCUACGAAGGUCCAGCUGCUUCGGGGGUAGGAUUGACAGGAUUGGAGCCCAGAGUGGACUAGGCUGCAACAGCUUCCGGUAUCGAAGAUAACAGCCAAGGAGGAAAAGGCAGCAGAUUCUGCUCGAGCAGAUCGCAAAAGAUCCUAAGCCCUUGUGGUGUGUCACGCAGCUUGGUUGCAUUGCCACCGAGGCGUGGUGAACACCCUCCUGGAGCUGCGGCUUCCUGUCUUCAUCUAUCACGAUCGAUGUUAAAUGUAGAUGAGUGGUUUAGUGGGGUCUUGCCUCUCCCACUCUGCAUAUUAAGGUAGAGCCUCACCCCUUUCAGAAAGCAGUUGGAAAAAAAAAAAAUUGAAUAAACUUCAGCACCAAGGAC